AUGUCUAAUGUGUCGGUGCUCUCAGCUGACCGGAGCUUGUUGGAGAGGGUGAUGUUCUGCUCCGUCACCACAGUGCCCUGCUGUGUCUUUCUCUUUGUGAACUGCACCAUGUUGUUCUCUCUGAGGAGUAAACUUGUGUUCAGGGACACGUGUCGUUAUGUGCUCCUCUAUAACCUGCUGUUGGCCGACACGGUGCAGCUGGUUGUCAGUCAGAUACUUUACAUACUAGUUGCCUUAAGUCUCAGGCUCACCUAUCCCGUGUGUGCGUUCUUCAUCACACUCAGCAGCAUCGUUCUGAGAAUCUCUCCUCUCACGCUGGUGGUCAUGUCUUUUGACAGGUACGUGGCGGUUUGCUACCCUCUGCGGCAUGCCACCAUCGUGACCAUGGGUAAAACCAGAGGAGCCAUCUGUGUGAUCUGGGCCAUCUGCUCUGUGACUGUGUUCAUGUAUAUCAGCUUGCUGAGGGAGAAUCCUUUUGAGGGUCUGGACUCUCUGCAGAUUAAGCGCACUUGCUCUGUAGAAAACAUGUUGCUGAGCCCUGUUGCUGCAAUGUUCGACAAGGUUUAUGAGUUCACUCUGUUCAUCUCUGCUGGAGUGUCCAUCUCUUUCUCCUACAUUGGUGUUUUGGUUGCAGCCAGAUCAGCUUCCACAGACAAAGUGUCAGCCCGUAAAGCUCAUAAAACUCUGCUGCUGCACCUGGUCCAGCUGGCCCUGAGCCUGUCCUCCACCAUGUUCAAGCCUCUGCUCGGUGUCAUGUCCCAGCUCAUUGACAGGAUCACCCUGGUGCGCAUCAGUAUCCUCUUCUAUGUGUGUGUGAUCAUGUUGCCCAGGUGUCUGAGUUCCCUCAUCUACGGCCUCGGAGAUCAGACCAUCAGACCCGUCCUCCUCCACCUCCUCCUCUGUCAGGUCGCUACCUCCGCCUUCACCCACGUCACACCUUACGGCAGACGUCCAGCUACAUGCAGACAUAAGUAG